UGCUGAGAAGAGGAGGAGCAGAGGGGUGUGUUGAAGGAGAGAGGUGUUUGGAGAAGAGGUUCAGGUGUGCGUGACUGGAAAACGGAGGAAGCUUCGGAAGCUGCACAGCGAUCUGCUGCUGCUGCUGCUGCUGCUGCUUUCGGGCUGUUUGACAUUGGACUUAUCGGCAGUCUCUCUCUCUCUCUCUCUCUCCUCUUUUUCCCCCUCUCCGGUGACAGCAUGCAUCCUAAUUGCGAAGCGGGACCGUGCGCGUGAUUUCAGAGAGGCAUGAAGGACCCCGCAAGGUUUCUGGGAAGAUGUCUUUCAUUGGCCUGUUCCAGGGGAGACCAGCGCAGCCUUGUCACUGGGGGAUCCUGGAGUCGUUUCAACCAUCAGUGAAACUUUUUUCAGACUUUCUCCUGAAUUUUCCAGAUUGCACAGCAACAGCUGUCCCCAUGACACACAAGCAGCCGUCAAAAAGCAAGUUGGAAAGGGAGAAUACUAAAAUGACUUUUGUUUCAAGCCUUCCACUGGGCCACCAGCUCUUGAGAUGGUCAGCCAAGCCGUUUGUCGCACAGUAGUACCCUGUGACACUUCUGCGCAUACAAUCUGAGAUCUGCCUGUGCUUUAUUACCUCGGUCUACCAUGAUGAUGCUUUGGCUUCUGCUGCUUCUGUCAAUUUGGGUGUGGUGUGAAGGAUCUGACUCCAGUGAACGGAGAAUUGUGGCACACAUGCCCGGAGACAUCAUCAUAGGAGCUCUGUUUUCUGUCCAUCACCAGCCUACUGCUGAUAAGGUUCAUGAACGCAAGUGUGGCGAAGUGCGUGAGCAGUACGGCAUCCAGAGGGUGGAGGCCAUGAUGCUGACGCUGGACCGAAUCAACGCUGACCAAAACAUCCUUCCCAACAUUACUCUGGGCUGCGAGAUCCGGGACUCCUGUUGGCACUCUGCUGUGGCUUUGGAGCAGAGCAUUGAGUUCAUACGGGAUUCUCUGGUGUCUUCUGAUGAAUCUGAGGACUGGGGUGGUUGUGCAGACCCAUCUGCUACUCCGAUGCGGGGAAAGAAACCCAUCGUUGGUUUAAUUGGACCGGGGUCAAGCUCAGUGGCCAUUCAGGUGCAGAAUCUGCUGCAGCUUUUCAACAUACCGCAGAUCGCCUACUCGGCAACAAGUAUGGACCUCAGUGACAAGAGCCUUUAUAAAUAUUUCAUGCGAGUGGUGCCGUCAGAUGCUCAGCAAGCACGGGCCAUGGUGGACAUAGUCAAAAGAUACAACUGGAGCUAUGUGUCUGCUAUCCACACCGAAGGCAACUAUGGUGAAAGUGGGAUGGAAGCAUUCAAGGACAUGGCGGCCAAGGAGGGCAUCUGCAUCGCCCACUCAGGUAAAAUCUGGAGCAACGCUGGCGAGCAGAGCUUUGAUCGUCUGCUGGAGAGACUGAGGGCGCACCUGCCCAAGGCUAGAGUAGUAGCGUGUUUUUGUGAAGGCAUGACCAUCCGCAACAUCCUCAUGGCCAUGAGACGGCAGAAGCUGGUCGGAGAGUUUGUCCUCGUCGGCAGAGAUCAGUGCUGUGUGUUUCCAUCAUCGUAGCCCGCAUCAUUUGUGUUGUCAUCGACGGCACCAUGCUCAUUAUCACCUCACUCAUCACUCUCCUCAUCCCCAGCAUCCUCAUCGUCGUCCUC